AUCGAAAAUCUUUCACAAAACAGUAUUUUCAGAUUUGAUAAAAUAUGCCUCGUAGCAGGAGUAGGAGUAGGUCACCUAGACGAAGGAGAUCCAAGUCCAGGGAUAGGGGGGAGAGACGUCGACGAGACCGAGAUGAUUCUCGGGACAGGAAAAGAGAACGGGUUCGAUCUCGUGAGCGUCCUGUUGGUCCUAAACCUGUCCUACCCGUCCCUCCUCCAGCAAUGAAAUAUCUAACUGAGAAAGAUACGGAAGGGAAAACUCAGGAUGAGAUUGAUAUGAUGAAGAUCAUGGGUUUCUCCGGGUUCAACACAACCAAGAACAAGAAGGUUGAGAACAAUGACUCCGGAGCUAUCCAUACUCAUAGCAAGAGGAAAUAUAGACAGUACAUGAAUAGAAAAGGAGGGUUCAACAGACCUCUAGACGCCAUUCUUUAAAUAUAAAAUUUUUAUUUAUAUCUCUCAAUAAUAUUAAUUUUGUAUGUUUUGAAACCCCCCCUUUCCAGCUACCUAAUACGUCAAAAUUGAAGAUGAAAAAAACGAGUCAUAUUGUUAUUUUAUGUUUUACUAAUAUAAAAUAGAUUUUUUAAUAUAAAAACUAGACAAUAUCCUUAUUUCUUAUUGAUUCUAGUUUAUUCGAACAAUUUUUUCUUCAGA